CCUUCCUAGACUAUCCUGGGAGAAACUCAGGAGGAAGAUGACGAGAUUCUGCCACGUAAGGACUAUGAGAGCUUGGACUAUGACCGCUGCAUCAACGAACCCUACUUGGAAGUGCUGGAAAAUUUAGAAAACAGGAAAGCCCGGCGGUACGAAGCGGUGAAGUGGUUUAUGGUUUUUGCUAUUGGAGUUUGUACUGGACUGGUGGGCCUCUUUGUGGACUUUUUCGUCCGGCUCUUCUCCCAACUGAAGUUCCGGGUGGUUCAGAGCUCGGUGGAGGAAUGCAGUGAGAAAGGCUGCCUGGCUGUCUCCCUGCUGGAGCUGUUGGGCUUCAACCUGACCUUCGUCUUCUUGGCCAGUCUGCUCGUCUUGAUCCAGCCUGUGGCCACCGGCUCUGGCAUCCCAGAGAUCAAAUGCUACUUGAACGGGGUGAAGGUGCCAGGAAUCGUUCGGCUCCGAACUCUGGUGUGCAAAGCGCUUGGCGUGCUCUUCAGCGUGGCUGGAGGUCUCUUCGUAGGGAAGGAGGGACCCAUGAUACACAGUGGAGCCGUGGUAGGGGCUGGCUUACCUCAGUUCCAGAGCAUCUCCUUAAAGAAGAUCCAGUUUAACUUUCCUUAUUUCCGCAGCGACAGGGACAAAAGGGACUUCGUGUCUGCAGGAGCUGCGGCCGGGGUGGCUGCAGCUUUCGGCGCCCCGAUUGGGGGCACGCUGUUCAGCUUAGAGGAAGGUUCGUCCUUCUGGAACCAGGGCCUGACAUGGAAAGUGCUGUUCUGUUCCAUGUCGGCCACCUUCACCCUGAACUUCUUCCGUUCUGGAAUUCAGUUUGGAAGCUGGGGAUCCUUCCAACUCCCAGGUUUGCUGAACUUUGGGGAGUUUAAGUGCUCGGAGUCUGACAAGAAAUGCCACCUGUGGACAGUCGUGGACUUGGGCUUCUUCAUCCUGAUGGGGGUCAUGGGGGGCCUCCUGGGGGCCACCUUCAACUGCAUCAACAAGAGGCUGGCCAAGUACCGCAUGCGGAACGUGCACCCCAAGCCCAAGCUGGUCAGAGUCUUGGAGAGCCUGCUGGUGUGUCUAACGACCACCCUUGUGGUGUUUGUCGCUUCCAUGGUUCUAGGGGAAUGCCGCCCGAUGUCUUCCGCCGGCCACGGGGAGAACGGCUCUUUGGGCUUGCAGGACUCCUCCUCUGAAGAAGUAAAUACGAGCAUCAAGUUCUUUUUCUGCCCCAACGACACUUACAAUGACAUGGCGACGCUUUUCUUCAACCCGCAAGAGUCGGCCAUCUUGCAGCUCUUCCACCAGGAGGGUACUUUCAGCCCAGUCACACUUUCCCUGUUCUUCCUUCUCUAUUUCUUACUCUCCUGUUGGACCUAUGGGAUUUCUGUGCCCAGCGGCCUCUUUGUGCCGUCGCUGCUCUGUGGGGCCGCCUUUGGACGCCUAGUCGCCAACCUCCUCAAAAGCUACAUUGGCUUGGACCACAUCUAUUCGGGGACCUUCGCACUGAUCGGAGCUGCCGCUUUCCUGGGCGGGGUGGUCCGCAUGACCAUCAGCCUCACCGUUAUCCUGAUCGAGUCCACCAAUGAGAUCAGCUACGGGCUCCCGAUCAUGGUCACCCUCAUGGUAGCCAAGUGGACCGGGGACUUCUUUAACAAGGGCAUCUACGACAUCCAUGUGAACUUGCGAGGGGUGCCGCUUCUGGAAUGGGAAACGGAAGCAGAAAUGGACAAGCUCAGAGCCAGUGAUAUCAUGGAGCCCAACCUGAUGUAUGUUUACCCCCACACACGGAUACAGUCCCUGGUGAGCAUCCUGCGCACCACGGUCCAUCACGCCUUUCCUGUGGUCACAGAAAACCGGGCCUAUGAGAGGGAAUUCAUGAAGUGGGACCAGCUGAUCAGCAACAACAUCAAAUUCAAGAAGUCCAGCAUCCUGACUAGGGCCGGGGAGCAGCGCAAACGCAGCCAGUCCAUGAAAUCCUACCCGUCGAGCGAACUGCGCAACGUAUGUGAUGACCACGUUGUGGCGGAAGAACCUCCGGAGACGGAAGACAUGCUGCAGCAGAUGCUGGAGCGGAGGUACACUCCGUAUCCUAACCUUUACCCAGACCAGUCACCCAGCGAGGAAUGGACGAUGGAAGAGCGCUUCCGGCCUCUGACCUUCCACGGCCUGAUCUUGCGCUCGCAGCUGGUCACCUUGCUGGUGCGGGGUGUCUGUUACUCGGAGGGUCAGUCGAGCGCCAGCCAGCCUCGUCUCUCCUACGCCGAGAUGGCUGAGGAUUACCCCCGCUACCCCGACAUCCACGACCUGGACCUCACCCUGCUGAACCCCCGGAUGAUUGUGGACGUGACCCCCUAUAUGAACCCGUCUCCGUUCAGCGUCUCGCCCAACACUCACGUCUCUCAAGUAUUCAAUCUCUUCAGGACGAUGGGGCUCCGGCAUUUGCCAGUCGUCAACGCUGUUGGGGAGAUCGUCGGCAUCAUUACCCGGCACAACCUGACUCACGAAUACCUGCAGGCGAGGCUCCGUCAGCACUACCAGACCAUCUGACCACUUCCGACCCCUCUCCUCUCCACAUCUCUCUCUGCUUCCUUCCCUGGAGGUUCCCCAGGUCCUUUACAAAACUGGACGGGUUGCGAUGUCUACCUUGCGAUGUCCAACCAUCAGCCAGGAAACAAAGAAGCCGUAGAAGAUUCUCCCUUCAUUGGCUGGUUCUUGGGGGCUUGCUGCCUGGCAUUAAAGGGCAUCCACCCCCCCUGUUCCGGUGAGGCUUUGGAACCACGUGGCUGGAACGUUUCACUGGCCAGUUCUGUGGACGUACGAUGAGAACGCUCAUCCUUCUGCCGCAUCCCAGACAGAAGGAAUCCCAUCCUUCUGUUUCCUCUUUGACUUUUCUGCAUAUGCUGCCUUACUGCACACCUGGCUUGCUGGCCCCAGGACUUAAGAACCGAUUCCACGUUUUUCUUUAUUCUAAACUUGGCCAGGCGCUUCUCGCAGCAGUAUUAACAUUUGUGGAAAGUUCGAGAGAGGGGCACACUGUCUUCUUCCUUUGCAGGGGAUUCUGGAAUUUCCUGGAGCUUGAAUGUGUGUGUGUGUUUGUGUGUAUAUGUUUCUUUCCAUUCCGUUUACAAUUCUGUUUUUGUGGAAGCAUUCCAAGCACAUUUGACCUUUCUGAGUUGUACAUGGCAAAAAUUAUGCGUUGGAGAGAAAAGUGAAUAAUCUUUGGACCGUUGUA